AUGGCGGAAGACAUUAAGACCAAAAUCAAGAACUCCCGAACUGCCCCUUUUGAUAGUCGCUUUCCCAACCAGAACCAAACCAGGAACUGCUGGCAAAACUACCUGGAUUUCCACCACUGUGAGAAGGCAAUGACUGCCAAAGGUGGUGAUGUCUCCGUGUGUGAAUGGUAUCAAGGCCUCUGCAUUGAGGAUCUAUCUUUGCCUCAAGAAGAACAGAAAGACACAGAUAAUUCUAGUGCAGUUUAUAAAUAUGGCAAUGGAGAUGUGUCAGAUGCUAGGGGAGUACAGAGGUGGGAUGAUUAUACUAGGAAACAGUGGACAGAAGACUGCAGAAAAUCAACCUAUCCUCCUUCUGGAGAAACCUAUAGGGGUCCAGUUCCUUGGUACACUAUAGACCUCGACUUACCACCCUACAAAAGAUGGCAUGAGUUAGUGACUGACAAGGCACCAGCGCUAAGGAUUAUAGUGAAUUCUGUGAAAAAUCUAGUAAAUGCAUUUGUGCCAAGUGGAAAAAUUAUGCAGAUAGUGGACCAAAAAUUGCCUAGUCUACUUGGCACCCUUCAGAGCCCCUUUGAAGAGGAAUUAAAAGGGAUUGCAGAUAUUACUGAAAUACCUUUAGGCGAGAUUAUCUCGUUCAAUAUUUUCUAUGAGUUUUUUUCCAUGUGUACUUCAAUAAUAACAGAAGACAAAGCAGGUCAUCUACUGCAUGGUAGAAACAUGGACUUUGGAGUAUUUCUUGGGUGGAAUAUAAAUAAUAAUUCUUGGGUCAUAACUGAGGAACUCAAACCUUUAACAGUGAAUUUGGACUUCCGAAGAAACAAUCAAACUGUCUUCAAGGCUACCAGCUUUGCUGGCUAUGUGGGCAUGUUAACAGGAUUCAAACCAGGCCUGUUUAGUCUCACGCUGAAUGAACGUUUCACAUUGAAUGGCGGUUAUAUGGGUAUCCUUGAAUGGAUAAUGGGAAAGAAAGAUGCCACAUGGAUAGGGUUUAUCACUAGAUCAGUUUUAGAAAACAGCACGAGUUAUGAAGAAGCCAAGAGUAUAUUGAUCAAAACCAAGUUAUUGGCUCCAGCAUACUUUAUCCUGGGAGGCAACCAGUCUGGUGAGGGCUGUGUAAUUACAAGAGACAGAAAAACAUCUUUGGAUGUAAAUGAAUUGAAUGCUAAACAAGGUAAAUGGUAUGUGGUAGAAACAAAUUAUGACCGUUGGAAAAAUCCUUUUUUCCUUGAUGAUCGUAGAACGGCUGCAAAAAUAUGUCUGAACCAGACAACCCAAGAGAAAAUUUCACUUGAAGGUAUAUAUGAUAUCCUGUCAACAAAACCUGUCCUUAACAAGCUGACUGUAUUCACAACCUUGAUGGAUGUUACCAAAGGUCGAUUUGAAUCUUACCUGAGGGACUGCCCAGACCCCUGUAUAGGAUGGUGA